ACUGUGGUGUCAGUGGUGUGGCUAGUAACUAUCAUGGACAGUUUUGUUGCAUAAUUGAAUUGCUUUUACUUUGUUACUGCAAAUGCAAAUUUGCCUACAGUCUUCAAAUUUUCACCAAAGUUUAGGUCCACGAUUUAGUAAGCAUCCUUAAAGUAAUUGUCUCUAUCUGUUGCUACAAUGGCACCCACGAGAAGAGCUAGCCACGCUGGUAGCUGGUACACGGAGAACGGUUUUGAGCUUAAUAAACAAUUGAAUAACUGGCUAAGUGCUGCUGACUUGACUCAUGGACCAGCUAGAGCUAUUAUCUCACCUCAUGCUGGUUACAGUUAUUGUGGAGCCUGUGCAGCCUUUGCAUAUCGCCAAAUUAGUCCUGUGGUGGUCCGCAAGAUAUUCAUUUUAGGUCCAUCCCAUAAUGUGAGAUUGCCAGGCUGUGCCCUUUCAACUGCUACGGUCUACAAAACACCGUUGUACGACCUUCAAAUUGAUCAGCAAAUUAAAAAGGAACUUGUAGAUACUGGACAUUUUGAUUGGAUGGAUAUGGAUACUGACGAAGAGGAGCAUAGUAUAGAAAUGCAACUGCCAUAUAUCGCUAAAGUGAUGGAAGACUUUAAAGAUUCAUUCACUAUAACCCCAAUUCUUGUUGGAUCUCUCACACCUGAACGUGAAGCUAUGUAUGGGAAACUUUUAGCUCCAUAUUUAGCUGAUCCUCAGACUUUAUUCGUUAUAUCUUCUGACUUCUGUCACUGGGGUCAACGGUUUCGUUACACCUAUUAUGACAAGUCAUGUGGUGCUAUUCAUAAGUCUAUAAAGAAUCUUGAUCAAACGGGCAUGGAUAUAAUUGAAAAGCUAAAUCCUCCGCUUUUUACUGAUUAUUUAAGAAAGUAUGCAAAUACUAUUUGCGGUAGACAUCCAAUUGGGGUUUUACUACAGGCAGUUCAAAGUUUAAGAGAGACUAGUAAUGGACAACGAAUGUCUCUGAAAUUUUUGAAAUAUGCUCAAAGUAGCCAGUGCAAUAGCAUGAGUGAUAGUUCUGUCAGCUAUGCAAGUGCAUCACUUACUUUCGAGUGAUAAAGCCCGACAAAUCUUCUUCUAGAAAAGACAAAAGAACGUUUAACGCGUUAAAAUUAUUAGGUCAAUUGAAUAAAAAAAUAUGUAUCGGCAAAGAAGGCAGCAAGAAAUGUUAUCCUCUCUUCUGUGUUUUUUGGUAAAUAUUUAAGUGUCGUUUUCAAACACUGUUGGAAAAAUUUUAAUCAGGCAAAUUACCAGAAAAGGCCUCUUCCAAAUGGUAUACAAGCGUUCUACCAUACUUACAGACAUACUUAAACCGACAAUUAUUUUCAUAUUAUUCGUCUAAUAGAAGCGUGGUAAGCUACAAAAUAACGAAGCUUGUGUUCUUCGAAUUUGAAACAAAGAAGUUGUCCAGAAAAUUCGCUAAACAUCGAUAAAUAACUUGAAAGUAACGAUAAACAUGCUUUUGACUUGCAUAAAAAUUAUUUAAUCCAUGCUUUAAAAUAAUAAGAAGGAAGGUGCCUUUAAUUAGCUGUGUUAUAUCACGUUUCUAACAGACUAAUUUUUAGGAUCACAAUUUUUACAUAUAUUAAAAUGUAAUGCGUCUAUUCAAAUUUGAACAAGUAAAAAAUAUACAUUCAUUUGAGACGGACUUUUGUCAAAUAUGCUUAAAUGUAUUGAAGAAUGAAGCUAAGCACGAGAUCAACGAUUAAAAAGUGAGAUAUCUUUUUAGUUAAUCAUUUACACAUUAAAUGCGAAAAAAUCAUAAGUUAGUCAACUCCAGCACGAGCUCUACUAUGACUCAUCUUUAUUAGAUAAAAUGAGUGAUAAAACGAAAUAAUAAAACUAAUGUCGUUAAAAAAAUUUUCACAGAACUUAUAAGAUAAAUUCAGCACCUAAACAUACUGUGUUUAUCGAUAUUAUCUUAUUUUAAUAUAUUUCGUUAUAAUUAUUACUUUUACAUUUAUAGAACAAAAGUUAUUGAUAAAUUUUGAGAUACGAAAUAUUUAUAACAUGAAAUGUGAGUCGUAAUUUGUCGCGGUUAUUGUACUAUAACAACGCUUUAAUGUUAAAAUGUUAAUACGAAAGGUAUAUUAUUUAUAAAUAUAAAAAUAUAAAACUUAUGGUCUUUGAAUCGUGAUAAACUAUCUUUUUCAAUUGCGCUCAACACGGUAUAUGCAUUUAUACGACAAUAAAACUUUUUAUUUAAAAAAUUGAAUGGUGCAGCUACAGUAAUGACAUAGAAAAACAAGUUGAACACAAAAAUUUAAUCA